AUGCAUCAAAACUGUAGCAUACUGGCCAGCACUAAUAUGUUCGGUGAUCCUUGUCCGAACACGUUGAAGUACUUAGAGGCUCACUAUCAAUGCGUACCAGCAUCAACUACGAGUACCACUAGCCGCCCGUCACCGCCCUGGCUUAUCACCUCACAGCCAACAGUAUGGAGGUCUACCGCACCACCGAUCCUCAAGAACCCAGUUCAAACCCAACAAGAGAAGAAAAAACCCACUGUGAUCACACCGCCGACAUUCAGACCUCAUAUUACAUUACCGCCGGAAAUACAAUUAGGAAAUAUUGGGACAAAGAAAACAACACCAAGGCAACAAGACUCUUCAUCGGAGAAGGAGCUACCUCAGGUUCCAUUAGAGAAUGUACCAGUCAUAAAGGAAGAGGUUCCAAAACCACAAGAGACACCCAAGAUUGAAAAGCCGAAGGAAAGGGAAGAAGAACACGUGGCAGUGACAGAUGACAUUCCACAAUGGGUGCCAAAAGAUGAAGAUGCUGAGGCGACUCCAUCAUUACACAGUCCACCGAAAGAAAAUCGACCAAAUGACGAUGAUUACGAUAAAGUCUUCUCUACAAGUGCGACACCAGCUCUCGGUCGCAGGUCGUACUGUCCUCAAGUUACAGCACGCGGCUUGCAUUGGAACUGGACUCUGGCGGGCACUUAUGCUGUUCAGCCAUGUCCAGGUGGCGCCACUGGGUUGGCUAGGUGGAAGUGCACAUUAACAGCCCACCAACACGUAGAAGAAGAACGUCCAAGACGAAGGAGUUCUGGGUUGCAGUCUGGGGAGAACUACCACGACUUAGGUCUAGACCAGCCCAGUGAGAGGCAGCUGCAAUUGAUCAGGCGACUUGGUUCUGAAGCUUUGCUUAAAGGUCGUGGUGGUGAUACCCCGGAACAUCUGAUAGAUUACCGCGGCAGCGUGGCCUUACCUGAUGCACAGGCUUCCAAAGAAAAUCCGUCGAAUGGAGACUAUGUAUACUCAGAUACAAUACCAGAAUGGCAUGGUGCGACACCAGAUUUAAGCGAGUGUCGGUCAGUGUGGCUUAAUAGCUUAGAAGCAAGAGUUCGGGAAGGAGAAUCUCUCCUUAGCAUCAGCAAUGAUCUUGCGCAGGUGACUUCCUCAAAAACGCUGUACGGCGGUGACAUGAUGACCACCACAAGCAUCAUGAAGAAGCUGGCUCAACGAAUGUCCCAGAACGUGCAGACAUUUUCCGAUGCGAGGCAGAAAGAAGCAUUGGUCACUGAUAUGUUGCUGGGUGUUAUUAAAACAGGUUCGAAUCUUCUAGAAGAAAGCCAACGGGCGUCAUGGUCUGAUCUCAGCAUGGAUGCGCAGAAUAGAGUUGCUAGUGCAUUGCUCACUCAACUCGAAGAAAACGCGUUUUUGUUAGCCGAUGCUGUUACUAAGGAGAAAACUAUAUUACAAAUUGUUAAGAAUAUAUGUCUCUCAGUGCGAGUGUUGGAAGUGAAGAAUGUUGAAGAUGAGACAUUCCCAUCUACUAUCGCUCAGGAACAGUGGAAGGCUUCUGAGGACACCAUCACUAUACCUAAAGCUGCUUUGCUGGAAAACCACCAAGUUGAUCUCGUGCGCAUUGUAUUCUUCGCAUUCGACCGUCUAGAAGAAAUACUGCCCCCCACUUUUGGAAAGUCCCCACAAUUCGCUGCAUACACUUCUGACCCGUCUUCUUCAGUCAGCAUCAACUCUGAAAAGGAGAAGAAAAAUGUUACCCGGGUACUUAAUUCAAAAGUGAUAUCAGCCAGUUUGGGCAACGGACGACACAUUCAGCUGUCUCAAAUGGUCCGGCUUACGAUGAAACACUUAAAGACUGAAAACGUUACGAACCCUGCUUGCGUCUUCUGGGACUAUACUUUGCAUGGCUGGUCACCAGAAGGCUGUGAAGUGGAAUGGUCGAACUUAACACAUACAGGGUGUGCUUGUUCGCAUCUUACGAACUUCGCCAUACUCAUGGACGUACAUGGUGUUUCGAUUGGAGCAAAACAUGUGAUGGCGUUACGUCUCUUGACGCUGAUUGGGUGUGCGAUAUCAGCUGUCGCGUUGUUGGCGGCCAUCGUAGUUUUCCAGUGUUUUAGGAAUAUGAAGUCGGAUCGUGUACUAAUCCACAAGAACCUGUGUAUAUGUUUGUUGAUCGCUGAAGUGGUAUUCAUGUGCGGAAUAGAUCAAACGCAGGAUAGAAUACUCUGCGGUGUCAUCGCGGGGCUGCUACACUAUUUCUUCUUGGCUGCUUUUGCCUGGAUGUUCCUAGAAGGUUUCCACCUAUACGCGAUGCUAGUAGAAGUAUUCGAGCCAGAACGAGCACGUGCUCGAUGGUACUGCGUAGGCGGGUAUUUGGUACCCGCACUCGUUGUACUGGCUUCGGCUGCCGCAUACCCACCUGGAUAUGGCACAGCCACACACUGCUGGUUGUCCACGGACAGAUACUUUAUUUUCAGCUUCGUUGGACCAGUCGCUUUGGUGCUUAUUGCAAACUGGAUCUGUCUCAGCAUGGUCAUUUACAUGAUGUGUCAUCAUUCCACAGUCUCAAUCAAAGCUAAAGAAAAUUCAAAGUUGUAUAAAAUACGAGUGUGGCUGAAUAGUUCAGUAGUGCUAGCUUUUCUGCUGGGUUUGACUUGGACGUUCGGUCUACUGUACAUCAACGAGCAGACUGUGGGCGUGGCGUACGCUUUUACAAUACUCAAUUCGCUACAAGGACUUUUCAUAUUCAUCUUCCAUUGCUUGCAGAACGAAAUUUUCCAAAAGGAGUGUGGUCGUAUCGUUCGACGUCACCCGUGGCUAUCUUGCUGCCUUCACUUUACUCAGCCUUUGACCCAUAAUGCUCCCACUGCCUCUUCAUCAAACCACGUCGAGACAAGACAGGGUUCCGUUAAGAGCAGACGAUAUCAUCAGAGCACUGCCCCUGAUAGUGAAGACGUCGUAGACCCUAGGGAUGUUACGAGCACAGCGAGCACUUCCGUUUCGGCGUCCACCACAAAUAAUCUCGUCAUCAACAACCUUAACGUGGUCGUUAAUAACAACAAUCACAACAACAACAAUGUCAUAAACAACGCCUCCGUUGCGUCUCUGGCCGCCGCCGCGGCCGCCCACAGCUACCAUUCCCAUAGAAACCGCAGGAACUCUCAAGAGAACCAGAAUUUUGGUCCUUCGAGUAAUUUCGGCCCCACUCUCAACGCCACGGCGUCCAAUUUCGCUCACAACAUUCCCGAAAGAGAGCCCCCCGCCCCGAUGUCCCACCUACGAGGCCCGAUCCACGGCAGCGCCCGAUACCCGCCCGGGUACAGACAAAACAGUUACAACUUGCAACCGGAUUCAAGAUGGAAUAUACGUCCGACCGCGCCCAUAUACGUCCCGGGCGACGAUAUAAGAAACGCUAGAACUCCAACGCCUCAAAACAUACCUCAUAGCUCCUCCCACUCUCAGAGUAUAGCGUCGAUGCAUAGCUACAGAAAUAAUAUCGAAGUCCCGAACGAUUACCAGAACCUUCGUUCCCGGUCGCCAUCUUGUUAUUCGAACAAGAUGGUGGCGUCUACUGGCGCGAACGAUUGGGCUUUAAUGGCGAAUGCGGGAGGCAAUGUUUGGAAGAACACUUCUUCUAAGCACCAUCCGGGGAACUCUUCAACAUUACCUCAUCAUGACACGCUGUCUCGGCAACUUCAACAGAAUCACAUUCACAGUCCGUAUGUCGAAUGUGACGUUCCGAUGCCCCCUGGAUCCCCCCGACACGCCAUCAAGGACGAAGAGUCCCCCCUUCAUUACCCCCAAGGGUAUCAAACCACGCGAAGCUACAACCAUGAUUUUCGGAACCCCCACGUGUUUAUGUCCCAACACACACCCGGCAGCCAAGAGAUGAUCUUCAGGAAACACUACAAGGACGAGAAUCGACGCAAACAUCACCACCAUCACGGCAGCCAAAACGUCAAUCACACCUAUUCGGAAAUAGCCUCUCAACAAGGACGAAUAUACCGACGCGGUUCCGAAGAAUUCCGCGUCAUUCAGGACGAUCCAGUGUACGAGGAGAUCGAACGUAACGAGACAAUGAUGUCCGAUAUGUCGGACGACAACUCUGUCCCCGACUGCAGACAGAACCCGGGACACCACGGAUCCUCCGGAUCUAAGUUUUUUGGGGAUCAUCGGCCCCUCAUCUCCUACAGCCCCGGGGAGAGGCACCAUCACGAGCAGGAGCACUACAAGUAUGGCAAAUGGGACACCCUGGAGAGGGCCUACGAUCCGAGGCACGCGUACGAAAGCGGGAAGCUGAUGCACCAGUACCACCAGCCUCAGGAGAACAUGAGGGCGCUGGCUGCGGUCCUGAACGGGGAGAACAACGUGGUGUGCCACUUGGAGCCGCCCCACUCCUACGACGCGUACCCUCAGAGCGGCAACCCCAGGACUGUAUCGCAGCCCAGUUUUUAA